AGAGGCUAGGUUCACCCCCGAGCGAUGAUGACAUAGCAGGAACUCGCUCGGCUCUGCUGUGCUGCUUUACAUAAUCACACAAUUACUUUUCCUCAUUCAUUACUGAUUGACUUGUGGUGGGAAACAAAGAGGAGCCGGAGCCUGAGAUCAGCUGGGGAUGAGCCGGGAGCUGUGACUGAUCAGUAUCACAAUCACCUGGAGACAUGGAGAAGGAGAGCAGCGGCCGGGACAACCCCACGUUUGAGAUAGAAGAUGUCAAUCAUUAUAACAUCAUGUCCUCAUAUGAUACCAAAGACCCCGGCCUGGAGAAGAAAACAAUUGGUCAGAUGGACAACGACCGGAACAAGUUGGCGUAUACUGUGACGGACGUGCCCCCCUGGUACUUGUGCAUCUUCUUGGGUAUCCAGCAUUAUCUGACCGCCCUGGGGGGGAUUGUCGCUAUCCCACUGAUCUUAUCCACGGACCUGUGCUUGACCCAUGACCCCCUGACACAGAGUCACCUGAUCAGCACCAUCUUCUUCGUCUCCGGGAUUUGCACUCUCCUGCAGGUUCUCUUUGGGGUCAGGUUACCGAUCUUACAAGGAGGAACUUUUACCUUCUUGACCCCGACCCUUGCCAUGCUCUCGCUUCCCAAGUGGAGAUGCCCAGAAUGGACCCAAAAUGCCAGCCUGGUGAAUGCAACGUCGCCAGAAUUUGUGGAUGUUUGGCAGUCACGGAUACGGGAGGUUCAAGGCGCCAUUAUGGUUGCAUCCUGCUUUCAAAUCGUAGUUGGAUUUUCCGGUUUGAUAGGCUUCCUCAUGAGGUUUAUUGGUCCCUUGACAAUCGCUCCGACUAUAACUCUCAUCGCUCUUCCCCUCUUUGAGUCGGCUGGUGACAAAGCGGGAACCCACUGGGGGAUUUCGAUCAUGACAACGUUCUUCAUCGUUUUGUUCUCUCAGUACCUAAGGAACGUUCCUCUCCUAAUCCCGUACUACUCGAAAAGUAACAGGAAGUGGCAAUUCUCCAGAUCACACAUCUUCCAAAUCUUUCCGGUUCUUCUUGGUAUCUCCAUUUCUUGGUUAAUCUGCUACAUUCUGACUAUCACCAGUGUCCUCCCCUCCAAACCGGAGACUUAUGGGUAUUUUGCUCGUACUGAUGUCAAAGGGAAUGUCUUGUCUCUAGCUCCGUGGUUCCGCUUUCCUUAUCCAGGCCAAUGGGGGAUGCCUACCGUCAGUCUGGAAGGAGUGUUUGGCAUCUUGGCCGGAGUCAUUUCAUCCAUGGUUGAGUCGGUGGGAGAUUACCAUGCGUGUGCCCGUCUUUCUGGGGCACCACCCCCGCCAAAGCAUGCAAUUAACAGAGGAAUCGGGAUAGAAGGGAUCGGCUGCUUAUUGGCCGGAGCCUGGGGUACCGGAAAUGGGACCACAUCGUAUAGUGAAAAUGUCGGCGCCUUGGGAAUCACAAGAGUUGGCAGUCGAAUGGUGAUCAUUACCGGUGGAAUAAUGAUGCUGCUUUUGGGCGUGUUUGGUAAAAUUGGUGCUGUCUUUGCCACAAUCCCAAAUCCAGUGAUCGGUGGGAUGUUUCUGGUGAUGUUUGGAGUAAUAGCUGCUGUCGGGAUGUCUAAUUUGCAGUACGCCGAUAUGAAUUCCUCAAGGAACAUAUUCAUUGUUGGAUUCUCCAUAUUUUGCGGCCUUACUAUCCCAAACUGGGUGAACAAUAAUACGGCACUUCUAGAGACGGGAAUCAUUCAACUAGACCAAGUCAUUCUGGUGCUGUUGACCACAGGUAUGUUCGUAGGCGGAUUCCUAGGAUUCUUUCUGGACAACACUAUACCAGGUACAAAGGAAGAAAGAGGAAUAGCUGCAUGGAAUGAAGUCAAUGGAGAGAUGGAAGACCACUGUUCCGAUGUCGACGAGGUCUAUGACCUUCCAUUUGGCAUCGGCACAAAAUUCUGCACUUCUUCUUGGCUCCGAUAUGUUCCUUUUUGUCCGAAACCCAGAGAGUUACCUCUUGUGAUUCAUGAGAACAACAAUCAAAAUAGCUACAUAGAAACUAACCACUGAAUGUUCUCAAAGGGCCAAGGAGCUUUAUAUCAAGAACAAUACACACAGUACGAGUAUGCUCGGGACCUUCUCAGGGUGCCUUCAUAAUCACUGGAGGACUUUAAAGCUGAACAUUGUAGACUUCAGAUGGCAUGGAUGUUCACUGAGCGUCUUGUCACGGUUAGUUUUCAUAUGAGCAGCAACACAGGUCCUCUGCUGCACACGAUUGGUUAGGAGACCUCCACAUAUUCAUCUUCUGAGAGGGUGACCCCCAAGACGUCAUCCAUACUGGAGAGGUCCCUUUAAGACCAGUUAAUGUUGACACCUCUAAUUAGAACUUGACGACUCUUAAGAAGAAAAAAAGCUUUCUUUAAGGGGAUAUAUUUAGGACCAAAUGCCAACUGUGCCAAUCGCUGGAGGAGCCUCGGGUCCAUGUUCUGAAGGCACUGAGGAAAUGUGAUCAUCGAACACUUGGUCUCUUGACUUGUGAUCGAAGGGAUGUAAUGUGCCAUAACAAUUAUCCUGUGUGUCCAGGUGACCAGUCUGUAACUAUAAUACCGUGAUACUUCUUGUACGAAGUUUAUUAAACCAUCCAUUUUGGGAGAAAAUACUUCUGAUUCAAGUCUACUGUUAUACUUAUCUGUAUGGACGAUAGAGACAAGUGGCCUAGGUCACUUUUGGUCUAGGUCUCAUCGCGCAUACCUCACAUUUUAUCUGGACAUUGAUCCACCAAAAUUAACUGAAGGUUCAUUUGGCUUGAGUGCUCCAGAGAAUGUGGAAUUUUGGGAGAGUACCUGGAAGCCAACAACUAGGUUAUAUAGAACAGAUGGCCGCCAAGAGUAGUCAGGAGUGAAAUUUUCCAAGGCACCAGAAGGGAUCCUAGAUGACCUCAAGGCCUUUCUUUAGUUUGCAGAAUUUCUGCCUUUGAUCAGCAGCCGUGUUAUAACUACAAGUAAAGGACCUCCAAUAGACUACGACAUCUAACCCUCUAACCUAACCACGUACCCUUCCUUCACAACUCUGAGACAUUUGGCAACAAGUCUCACGUUAGCUUCAUGAUCCCACACACUAGGGAUCUCCCAUUUAUUGUCUGUGAGCUUUACAUUUUUUAGUAUCCUUC